CCACCCUGUUGGCAAAAAAUCUUGCUUCAAAAGUGCAUGAAGUGUGUGGCAUAGGUAUCAACGAGCAUGACUGUAUAACGAAAGUCGUUUGCCGAACAUGCGAAUCUUUUAUUACCAAGGUUGACGAGUACAGGAACUCUUGUCACAACGUCCAAGGUGAACUUAAUCGAAACAUGUCUGUCAAGAGAAUGCUGCUACCAGAAGAUUGUAACACAAUCACAAGCAAAAAUGAACCUUCUCGUAAGAAAUUAUUUGAUUUAACAAACGUACAAAGUGCAGAUAACAUUGAUAAAGAGAAUAUUGAAUCAAGUGACAGUAUUUUGAAAAAAUUGAACAAUGUUUUUGGCACAAAAGAAGUACCCUUUAUUGGGAAAUUAAUGUGGGAGACACCUGGUUUUAAAGAUGUUUGAUGUUUUUGUCAAAUUAUUACUCUCUGAUCUGAAUAUGGCAUGUAAAAGUCUAUGCAGGAGAGAUGAAAAUGGUUCAACUUUACUUAACAAUACCUAUGAUGGACUUUCAAAUUUGCAGAUCAAAAAUAUCAAAACUGAGAUGUUGAAAAUCCCCUAUUUUGUCGAUAUUCUGGAAACAAUUGCUGGUGAUAUUGAAAACAGGCAGAGUGAAAUAAAAUAUGCUUUCAUUUACUCAAUUCUGAUGCAGUCACGUUGGCACGAACUAAGUUUAUUUCAAAGAAUUAACACCACUCUUUUAAUAGAAGGUGGUUGCAGUAAACAGUUGCAGAUACGGUUUCAAAGAUUAGGUGUUUGCUUGUGCCCGAGCAGAAGAGAGGUUUUAUUGGAUUUGAUUGGUGGUCAUUUUCGUGAUGGUGUCAUUGAUAAAGUUAAAGGUGGAGCUGUGUUUCGAGGGACAGGAGAUAUGCAUAAAAACAAUCAAAAUGAAGAUCUCCAUCUAUUUGCCACAAAUUUGAUUGAAAACCGUCUAUCAUUUGACCAUCUCGAUAAUGACAAUCCAAAACGUGAUAUUGCAUUAUUACCACUGAGUACAUUUUCAUUAAACAUUGCAGAGUGGAGGGAAUAUAUCAGAACUUCAAAAAUUUUGGUUGGGCGUAUUUUGUUGGAUUUUUUCCCAAAGUUCAAAUUUCUGAAAUCAUUUGUUCCACAACACAUUGAUCAUCAAUAUAGCCACGAAAUGGGGGAACGGUCAUUCAUUGCAUCUAUGCCUAUCAUUAAUGCAAAUGAAGCACACUAUGCUGAUUGUGUAAAGAUACUUCGAACGUACGAAAAAUGGAUCGCAGAAAUUUACCAUGAAACAGGCAUGUUGCAAAACAUGCCAAACCUUGAUGAUGGACCACUUCUUGAAACCUUCCAAGCCAACCCUGGUCAGAAAUUUGCACACAUCAAUUUUACAGAUUCUGAUCCCAUGAAAGAAAUGAAAAUUGUGUUUGGUGGCGAUCAAUUAACACGUGUAAGAUUUGCUGGUGCAAAAGAUUUACUAGCUGGUGCACAUACUCCUAGCCAUCGAUUUGAACACUGCUCUCCUUUUAAACCAGUAAUGUGGCAUACCAAAGCAGCUCUUUUGCAAUAUUCAUACCACCUCUUGCAUAAACCUGAAUCCAUUGCUGAGAAUGGAACGAUAAAGUAUUUUAGGGAGAAGCUUCGUCGAAAAAAUGUUACUCCUGCUAAAGUACUCGAUUCUUUUGAUGGUUGUGAGGAAUUAUUUAUCAGUCUUGGACGUGCAUAUAUUGUUGUUGCACUGAUGAAGUUUUUUGGAAUGGAAAGUUUGGAGGAUAAACCAUCUGUUUACCCUUUCCCUACUAACUUUGUUCAUAAAUCUGAUGCUGAGAAAGACGCGUAUAUGAAUAACAUAUUGACAAAGUUUUUAGAUGAAUACUUGCUGCAGAAAUCCCCACCAAGAGAUGGUGAUGAUUUUGUUGAAAAUUAUGGUUUUUGCGUAAUAUUUCUUACGAUUCUGGUUCUGCAACUCAAGGAUGCAGCAAAAGAAGGUGAUGGAAACCGUACUCUUAUCAACCAAAAGAUGCUUUUAAAUGUGUUUAAAUCUUUAGGUUCUUACAGCAAAUAUGCUCUGGAAAUGUUUGUCAGCAUUGCUCAAGUUGAGUGUUUACUGACACCACGAUUAUCUGAGGAGUUUAAGUGGGGGAAUUUUGUCAACUGGCGUGGCGGUAAGGGGAAAAAUAUUGAAGACGACCUUGCUCAGGAGAUUGUGAAUAAAGUUUCCAAAAAUAUAGUUCAGAGAAUGGGUCCUAACAAGACAAUAUCAUCUAUAACUAAAAUUACUAAAGCUGCUAACGGAAUUAAAGAAAUCCUGGAAAAUUAUGACAAAAAUGCUAGUAUACAAAGAUCCUCUACACAACAUAGCACCAGUGAUGCUUUUGAAGAUGAGAAUGAAAUGAUAUUAGAUCUUCUCGAACUAAAACCUUUUCACCAUUCAUCAGGUCGUUUCCAUAACAGUUUCCCAGCUAUAAAAAGGUCACCUUUGCGCUAUAUGAACGUGACAGAUUUUCACAAUUGGUUGAAAAAACACAGAGAUGAACUAGUUUGAAAUUAGUUGCAUUUAUUUUUUUUAAAUAUUUUUUACAAUUUUAUGUUAUGAUAUAUAUUAUAUACCUUAAAAGUGAG